UUGCGGUGUGCGCGGGUGGUGCUGGGAAGUGAAGAAGGACCCGGCUGAAUUUUCGGUGGGCUUGGAGCCGCCAUCUUUAAGUGCGAGCCAGCCUGUUCCGCGAGGGGAAAACGGAUGCGGCGCCGGCCCCGGUGGCCGCAAAAUGGAUACCAUGGCGAGCCCAGAGAAAGAUCAUUACAGAAUGAAAAGUUAUAAAAACAAUGCCCUGAAUCCCCAAGAAAUGCGGCGACGAAGAGAAGAGGAAGGCAUUCAACUUCGGAAGCAGAAAAGAGAAGAACAAUUAUUUAAACGCAGAAAUGUUUCUUUACUGGGAAAUGAAGAAUCAAUGCACGAAAGUCCAAUCCAGGAUCCUGAUGUGAGCUCUACUGUACCUAUUCCUGAGGAAGAUGUAAUUACAUCUGAUAUGGUACAGAUGGUUUUCUCAGAUGAUCCUAACCAACAACUUGCAGCUACGCAGAGAUUUAGAAAACUGCUUUCUAAGGAGCCUAAUCCUCCAAUAGAUGAAGUCAUACAAAAACCAGGAGUUGUACAAAGAUUUGUGAAAUUUCUGGAAAAGAAUGAGAAUUGUACUCUUCAGUUUGAAGCAGCAUGGGCUCUUACAAAUAUAGCAUCUGGAACAUUUCUACACACAAAAGUAGUAAUUGAGACUGGGGCCGUUCCAAUUUUCAUUAAAUUGUUGAAUUCUGAACAUGAAGAUGUCCAAGAACAGGCAGUGUGGGCUCUUGGUAACAUUGCUGGUGACAAUGCAGAAUGCAGAGAUUAUGUGUUAAGCUGUGGAAUACUUCCCCCUCUAUUACAACUCCUGAUGCAUUCUAACAGACUUACAACAACUAGAAAUGCUGUCUGGGCACUUUCAAACCUCUGUAGAGGCAAGAAUCCACCUCCAGAUUUUAGUAAGGUUCGUCCUUGCUUAGGUGUUCUGUCAAGAUUGUUGUUUAGCAGCGAUCCAGAUGUAUUAGCAGAUGCUUGCUGGGCCCUCUCUUACCUUUCAGAUGGGCCAAAUGAUAAAAUCCAAGCGGUUAUAGAUUCUGGAGUCUGCCGAAGAUUAGUUGAACUUCUUAUGCACAAUGAUUACAAGGUGGUGUCUCCUGCAUUGAGAGCAGUUGGAAAUAUUGUGACUGGUGAUGAUAUUCAAACACAGCAAGUUGUACAAUCUGUAAUGUAUGCAAUGUAUGGCUAUGAAAGCUGGACCAUAAGGAAGGCUGAGCACCAAAGGAUUGAGGCCUUUGAAUUGUGGUGCUGGAAGAGACUCCUGCGAGUCCCUUGGACAGCAAGUCCCAAGGAAUCUAUUCGGAAGGAAGCAUGCUGGACAGUUUCUAAUAUUACUGCUGGAAACAGAGCUCAAAUUCAGGCUGUUAUAGAUGCAAACAUAUUUCCAGUAUUGAUUGAAAUUCUUCAGAAAGCUGAAUUUCGGACCAUCAAGGAAGCAGCAUGGGCCAUCACUAAUGCAACAUCAGGAGGGACUCCUGAACAAAUUAGUUACUUGGUGGCAUUGGGUUGUACCAAGCCUCUCUGUGAUCUUCUGACCGUGAUGGAUUCUAAAAUAGUCCAGGUGGCCUUGAAUGGACUUGAAAACAUUCUACGACAUGGAGAGCAAGAAUCUAAGCAAAAUGGGAUUGGAAUUAAUCCUUACUGUGCCCGCAUAGAGGAAGCAUAUGGACUAGAUAAAAUUGAAAUACUUCAAAGUCAUGAAAACCAAGAAAUCUAUCAGAAAGCAUUUGAUCUUAUUGAGCAUUAUUUUGGUGUGGAAGAGGAGGAUGCAAAUAUUGUACCACAAGUGGAUGAAAGCGAGCAGCAGUUUCUGUUUCAACAACAGGAAGCUCCAAUGGAGGGAUUCCAGUUGUAACUAUUCAGACAAAUGCCAAAUCAGUAGUACGUUGUGGUGGCCUCCACUUGCUGGCCAGACCAGGAAAGUUGAGAAUAUUUUGCUGAAGACAAAGAAGCAGGUCAUGCACUUACAUGUUCCAUUAUUUUUAUAUGUGUAUUUCCAUUGUCUUGUCCAGAAAUACAGAUUUAAUCACACUUAAACAAUCUUAGGAAGCUUGAACAAUGACCUCAGUAGUACAUCAGGUACUGAUACCAAGUUUUUCAAGCAGUUGGUAAAAAUGCAUCACUAUGCAUAAGCAGCUGUUGAUAUUUUGAAUUUUAGCAGGAGGGGUCAUGUGCCCAGUUGACACUAAAUCUACCUCUUUACAUUGGAGCAAAAAUGCUGUUUCAAAAUUAAAGUGUAACAUAAAAGCUCCUGGUAAAAGCUAAACUUAGAAUGUGAAAAUUUAUUUAUUGAAAUAGUGAAAAUAUAGUUUUAUGUGUGAUACUUUGCGAUAAACUGGUGAAAUAUAUUUAUAUUUGAAAGAAAAACACUUUAGGAUGCACUGCUGGUUACAUGACAUAACAGUAAAAUAUAGCAAAAUAAUAAAAUUCUGUGAAAAAAGAGAUGGUAGCUAGUUCCGAUUUGUAUUUUCCAUUGGCCUUGCUGCCUAUCCAUGUAAGCAAAGUGCCCUCUCCUUCUUUUUAUUUCUUCAGUUGUGUUGAAAAUAGAGUUGCUGGUUUUUUUAAUUGGCCAUAAAAGCUGUACCUUUAACAGCAAGUUGAUGUGUGACAAGACAGUGUUCAUUUCUGUGCUGUGAAAAGCUUUUAUCUGUUGGUUUAAGCCCAUCAAAUUGUUGUUAAAAGCACAAGAGCAGGCCAAGCUGUAUUUUCUGCUCAGUUGACAGACCUGAUGAUAAACUGAGGUGGGGGCAAGGUAUUUAUAAUUACCUACUAAGUACUAGAUUUUUGCAAGGGCAAGGGAAGGUUUCUAUAGUUGCUUUCUAGGAAAUGUGAAUAGAAAUCUUCAUGUUUAACUUAAAUGCUACCAAAGUGUGUGAAGCCACAAUAUUCCCUUUUCUUGAAAAACUGACUACAUGUUUUAUUUACACACAGUUAAUAUAUUGCUUGACCAAAUAUACUAAUACAUAUCAUUUGCUUUCUUUUUGUAAGAUUUGUCCAUUGAAAAACACUUUAUUUUAAACAGGCCACCAAAACUGUUUGUUACAACUUAAUACUAAUGCUGCAUUAGAAAAGUACAUUUUCUUGCUGAUUGAAGGAAAAUUGUCUUUAUGUAAAUACUAGUAGUUUCUUGAACAUGGACAUUUCUGAUAAAGUAUGAAAAAUGCUUAACACUGUAUGAUGCCAGGUAGUUUAAAAAACACUAAAAUGAGAACCUGGAGCCAAUUUUGUUGUAGAAUUUAAAUCCAUCUUAAGUUUUUUUUUCCUGUAUAGCACAAUUAAAGUACUCUGAAUAAUUUUGCAUAUCAGAAAUGUCCUGACCUAUGCGACUUUUUCAAAGUUGUAUAUAAUUGCAGUUGAUUGCCUUUUUUCAUAGUGUUGUAUAACUUUAAAAAUUGAUGCACUCCAAAAUCUACCUGCCAACAGAUUCAAAUUUGCAAGUUGAAACAUGGUUCUUUCAGCCUCAUUUCCCAUUUAUGAUCUAUGCGGGGACAUGUCAUAAGAAAGCUACAGAGAGGUUAUUAUAUGGCAAAAAGAAAAAAAAAGCUAUAGCUGCCACUCUGCCUGUACAUAAUGCAUAGCUGUUGACAGAAAGCCCCUUUUUGUUCAUUGUCAGAGCAUUACCAUGGGGGAUUUCUGAACAAAACCACUUAUCAGGUGUUACACAGGUCAGGAGCAAGUAGGGUGCCCAAAUUUAAGUGCUUCCUACAUACCAGAGGAAACACGGAAGUCUCUUCUUCUGUCUAAGUUACGAGAACUAGAAGUAAAAAUUAAUACACAGCCUUCUGCUUUGUUCCUGUAUCUCUGUGGUGCAGCCAUAGUCUUCAGUCUUCAUAGUCUUCAGAGGCAAUGUAAUAGCAAUAUUUACUUGGAUUAUGGGAUUGUAUUAGAUAUUGAUCUAAUGUAAGUCCCAUUAAUUUCAAUGGAGAAUCCCUAUAAGUAGAACUAAAACUAUACAAUCCAUGGAGUUCACAUUUGCCUUUGAAGAUGCUCUAAAAUGAACAGUCAACUGCAAUUUAUAAAUUGUGUAUAUAUAUAUAUACACACCCCACUAAUAGUGGUAUAUAUGUGUGUGUGCGCGCGCGCGCGUGUGUGUGUGUGUGUGUGUAUAUAUAUAUAUAUAUAAAUAGUGGUGUAUAAGUGUCAGUUGAAUACUUGCUGGGAGGUAAGGUAAAAAGUGGGUAUAAUAGUGCAUUUAACUCUGAAUUUUGUAGCUUUGAGCAGACAGUGUCUAAUGUUAAGAGUGAAUUUGUCCCCUCAUUAACAUUUUUAGUUUGGAACAUUGGCGUUUAUGGGUUCUGCAUCAUUCAUUCCAAAUACAGGUUAAUGAAAAUGGUUAGUGAAAACCAAAUUGAUCAGAAUUACUCUUAUGUAAGCAAACAGGGUUAACAGGGUAUUCCAUUGUUUUGGUGUAUCAAAAUUUUGCCAGUUGUGCCUGCUCCUAUUUUGAGAAACCAGUAGAUGCUGUCUUCUCAAUGUUUUCAUCUGAACCAGAUCUAAAAAUAUAUACAAAUUGUAGAAGAAAUUAAAAACAUCAGAAGUAAACAAAUUUUAAAUGCAUCUAAUUGUUUUGAAAGGAUAUCUUUCUCUAGUAUAUAUCAUGAAUAUAAACACUUCAGAAUGCCUCUCAUAUUGCUGAGGGUCUAAUGUGGUCUGUUUUGAACUUUAAAUAGUAGUCUUAGCUUACCAUUGAAUUCUUAUAUGCUGAGGUUCCAGGUAUUACCCUUUUAACAGAACUGGUAUGAACAGCCUCUGCAGUAUCUUACAGGGUUCUAGAACAAGGUAACCAAUACUAGGUUGUAUAUGGUUUGAGAAAGCCUUCAGAAUAUUUUCAAUAAAACAUUUCAGUGUUUUCUCAGUACAUGUUCUGAGACUCUCAUGGAAUUGCCUGAAUUUGACAUGAAUUUUUAAUCUAUGCAACCAUGCCAACUAUGUAUUUCAGAUACAAAAAUAUAACUGGGUUUUCAUUCAAACAGGUUUGCAUUUAGAAAGCUAUUAUUGGGUGCAACUGUAUGCAUGUUUAGACAGAAAAAGGUGUCCAAUACCCAGCAUGUGCCAGCCAGCCACGCUGGCUGGAGCAAGCUAGGAUUUGCAGGAUUCCACCCUUAAAAUUUUGAGGAUUCCAUCCUAAAAUUGCCAUUUUAGCACAUUAUCUCAGUUGGAUUUAUUUGCUUAAGCCUUAUUUACCUUUUUGGUAUUUUAAAUUUUCAGAUUUAUUUGGAUUAUUAAAAUGCAUAUUAUAAAACUAGAAAGAUUGAGAUCUGUAACAAUUUUCUUAGUCAAUCUUGUUACUGUGUUUUCCAGUGAUCAUUUGUAAAUCACUGCAGCUGCAAACACAAACUGGAGGCUCUAACUGAACAAACCUACAAAUAUGAACAGUAUGCAAUAUUAAGGAAUGUUACUACUAUACAACAACAAUACAAAACUAAUAAAGGUAUUUUACAAAAACCA